UAAAAACGACGUACCAGUGGCGGCGCCAUACAAACGUAUGUUUAUGUGUGUCGAGUAUUUUCAUUGUAAUAAGCUGUUGUAUGCCUAAAAAAUGAGGUUUCGGGCUAAAAUACUGGAUGUGGGCUGUCUCAAUAGUUUUACACGUGUCGUUAAUACCAUCUCCAAACUGACCAAAAGCUGCACGUUGCGGCUCACUGCUGACAACCUGUACUUCAUGCUUUCUGACAAGGUAGCCAACGGGGGCGUCAGCAUGUGGUGUGAGUUAGACCAGGGCAACUUUUUUGAUGAAUUCCAAAUGGAGGGUGUGGCAUCGGAUGCAAACGAAAUAUAUCUGGAGCUUGUUCCGGAGAACCUUUCCCGUGCUCUCAGAACAGCCCAGAAUGCCAAGUCCCUGAAGGCGAAGCUGACGAAGAAACAUUGCCCUUGUUUGACUCUGGCAGCUGAGUUGCCAUCUCUGUCCAGCGUCAGCCGAGUCGUCACACACGACAUUCCCGUGGACGUCAUUCCCAGGAAACUCUGGCAUGACUUCAGGGAACCCACUGUGCCGGAUUUCGAUGUCAGUAUAUACCUUCCUCCUCUGAAGACAAUGAAGAAUGUGAUAGAUAGGAUGAAGAACCUGUCAAAUUUUCUGGUACUAGAAGCAAAUCGAAGUGGCCAGAUGAAUCUGAAGAUUGAGACAGACUUGGUGUCCGUCUCCACUCACUUCAGGGAUCUGGGAAACCCUCCCUGGGAUGACGGUGGGUCCCAGGGUGCCAGUCAGGACCUGGAGACCAUGGCCCAAGCACGUGUGGACAUCAAGAAGCUGCAGCAGUUUCUGUCCAGCCAGCAGGUCAACCCCAGCAAAGCCAUGUGUAAUAUUGUGGACAAAAAGAUGGUUCACUUUGUCUGGCUACAUGAGAACGCAUCCCUUCAGUACUUCAUCCCAGCCAUGGCGUGAGGAGGGCGGCUGUGUUCCAGAUCUGCGUGAACAGAAAUCCAGUGGACAUGGAGUGAGAGAGUGCGGAUGUGCUUCCCCUGAGAACCAGGGCCUGGACGAGGAGGACGGCCUGCUCUUCUUUGGUGGUGCAUGGUGGAGAAAAAUGACAUUGCUGGAAUUCAACCUCCAGUAGAUGGCUGUAUUUCAGAGUGGCCUGUGUUUUAUACAGUCAAGUGUAUCACUCUGUCCAUUUAAAAACUGCUCAUUUAGAAUAUGAACAGCUGUAAGAACAUUCUAUUAAAUGUGUUUCUGGCGUUGGGUAUUUAUCUGAUCUACAAAGUGUUUGUUGACAGGAGUUCAGGGAUACGUUUUCUGUUAAUGGGUUUUUUGCUUUACUAUCACAGAAAGAGCUACUUUGUGCACUUAAUUAAAUACGUUUUUUGACAAGUGAUUUCCAUUUGUGAGUAGUGAUGAAGCCGUCUCCUGUAACACCGCCACCUUCCGAUGCAAGGUGGCGCACUAGCCCCUUUACACCCAACACUAUAACUAAGUCAUCUGAUUAUAAUUGUAUUACUUUUUUAUUAUAUUAAGAAAAUAGCGGUUUUUUUGCAUGGCAUCUCUACUUCCGAUGGUUGACAAAGCCAAAGAGAGUCAGUCUCCUUGGUCCCGUAUCGGUUUUUUACUUGGUAUCGUAAGAUUAAGGACUGAAACUGGUCAUAAACAUUUUUCAAACAGUACCCGUUUCUAUUGCAUGGUUUGUGGUCCUUUCGGUUUAAUCACGCUCGUCGGUUGAAUGAUCCAUGAAUUCAUUCAUUGUGAAAGGUUUUCGCGGCUCCUCCUCGGGGACUUCUCACCUUGUUCGGGCCUCCGGAGGAUACACAGAAACACUUGCGAGACUAAUUAUGCUUUAAUUAAUGAAUUACAUUGUACCAAUUUUCCAGCACGAUUAUCUUCGUCGUUAUGACACAUCUGUCCCCGGAGUAAAUACCCCAGGGUAAGGAAAUGUAAAUACGUGUGAAAUAUUAUUGAAUCUACAAUUUUUAUUUACAUGUAAUGAAUAUUAAUAGGGAGGGAAGACGUAUGAUGUACCACAACAAUUACCAUUUAAAUGUCUUACAAUUCCAUAAAUAUAUACUGAAAAGAUUUCUUGU